AUGGAGAACCAGCGCCCAGAGGAUCGACACCGAGAGGAGAACCAGCGCCCAGAGGAUCAUGAACCCGUCGGCGUCAUACGGACUGUCCUCGGCGGUCCUUAUAUAGGAGGAGACUCAAGUAGGUCUCAGAAGGACUACACCCACGAGGCCAGGGGGUUUAUCAGGAGCGAUUCUGGAGCGUCUCCACUGCAAAAACCCCAAGGUACAAAUCCUGGUGGACAAUGGGAGCUCGGUGGACCUCCUAUACUCCGACUGUAUGGAGAAAAUGGGGAUCCAAAAGGAACAAUUGGAAAAAACCUCCAGGCCACUAUAUGGUUUCACUGGGGACUCCGUCAUCCCCUAGUGGACCAUCCGGUUGCCUAUAACCGCCGGAGAAAAACCCCAACAGGCUACCACAAUGGCCAACUUUAUGGUUAUAAAAGGAGGCUCCCAAUACAACGCCGUGAUUGGAAGACCAACCCUUUAGGCGCUAAGGGCCAUAAUUUCCGUUUACCACCAAAAGGUCAAGUUCCCUACCCCAAAUGGCGUGGGCGAAAUGAAGAGCAACCAAGCCUCGUCGAGGACAUAGACCUCAGGAUCCAAGAGGAAGUCACAUGGUCUCAACCCGUCGAGCAGUUGGUGGAGAUCCAAGUUGAUGAAGGCGAGUCCACCAAAGUGCUAAAAAUGGGCUCGGGCUUAGCCCCAUCACUUAAGGUUGAGAUCGAAAACUUCCUUAGGAAGAACUUAGAUGUCUUCACCUGGAAUCAUUUCGACAUGGAGGGGAUCGACGCCGAGAGGACAUGCGUCGACUUCAGCGAUCUCAACAAAGCCUGCCCAAAGGAUGGCUUUCCACUCCCUCGAAUAGACCAAAUGGUCGACGCCACGGCGGGACAUGAGAUGCUGAGCUUUAUGGACGCCUACUCCGGAUACAACCAGAUCCCCAUGCAUCCAGCCGACGAGGAGCACACAUCCUUCAUAACCGACAGGGGCCUCUACUGCUAUAAGCUCGGCAAAACGGUGGAGGUCUACGUCGACGAUAUGCUUAUAAAAAGCACCAGGACCAGCCAUCACGUCAAUCAUCUGGGGGAAAUGUUUGGUGUGUUUAGAAAAUACCACAUGAAACUCAAUCCCCAGAAAUGUGCCUUUGGAGUUGGGUCGGGAAAAUUCCUCAGUUUUAUGGUCAGCAACCAUGGGAUUGAAGCUAACCCCGAGAAAAUCAAAGCCCUACAGGAUAUGCGGUCCCCAACAAAGCCAAAAGAAGUGCAAAGAUUAACGGGAUGUGUCGCCGCCCUAAACAAGUUCAUAUCAAAAGCAACCGACAAAUGCGUCCCCUUCUUCGAUGCUUUGAAAGGAAGCAAGCGCUUUGAGUGGACACCACAAUGUGAAGAGGCCUUCCAGAAAUUGAAAGAGCAUUUGGGCAAGCCCUUAAUUUUGUCAAAACCAAACGUCGACGAGGAGCUUAGCCUAUACCUCUUCGUGUCCCAACACGCCGUAAGCUCCGUAUUAGUAAGAGAAGAAGAGAUGGUGCAAUUGCCGAUCUACUAUGUGAGCAAAAGGCUCCUCGACGCCGAGUCGAGAUACAGCGAAAUGGAGCGCCUAGCCCUCGCCCUGAUGAUAGCUUCAAAGAAGAUUCGGCACUAUUUCCAAUCUCACACAAUACGGGGCCAAGCGCUCGCUGAUUUUCUAGUCGAGUUUUCUCACAGACCAGCUCUCGCCGCAUCUGGAAAAGUCGAUGUUACAAAAUGGGAGCUCUACGUGGAUGGGGCGUCGAGCGAAAACGGGUCAGGAGCCGGCGUCUUGUUAAUCAGCCCCGAAGGCCACAAGAUUACCUCGGCGGUUCGAUUUAAAUUCAAGACAUCGAACAAUGAGGCGGAAUAUGAAGCACUAAUUGCCAGACUACGGUUAGCCGGCCACCUGAAGAUCGAAAGGCUCAGCGUCUUCAGCGAUUCUCAAUUGGUCGUCGCGCAAGUAAAAGAAGAGUACCAAGCGCACGGCGAGAAGAUGGGAGCGUACUUAAGAAAUGUAAAGGAAGAACUCGUUAAGUUCAAAAACUACGAAAUACUUCAGAUACCACGGGCCGAAAACGCGAACGCCGACACCCUGGCAAAACUAGCAUCUUCAAGAGAUUCUGACACCCUGGGGGUCGUUCCCAUCGAAGAAUUGGAGUGGCCGACCAUUGAAGAACAAGCUAAGGCAUUAAUCGUCCAAGCAUGUGGAAAUUGGAUGACACCGCUCAUCCAAUACCUAAUGGACGCACAACUGCCAGAUAAUAAAGAUGAAGCCAGACGGAUCAGGUAUAGAGCUGCUAGGUACUUAUUGUACGACGACUUGCUCUACCGACGAGGCUAUUCAACACCUCUACAGCGGUGUCUAGGUGAUGCCAAAGCCCAGAAGGUCCUCCAAGAAAUCCAUGAAGGAGUCUGUGGUAACCAUACUGGGGGACAGUCUCUGGCUCUAAAGGUUUUGAGGUAUGCCACAAUUCCUAAAGCACCCCCAGAAAAUUUAACUUUCAUUCUCAGUCCAUGGCCCUUCGCCAAAUGGGGGGUUGACCUGAUCGGGCUAUUACAUCUUGCACCCGGAGAAUUUAAGUUUGCAAUCGAUGCGGUAGACUACUACACGAAGUGGGCAGAGGCAAAGGCUCUAACUACAACCACGGAAGCAGCCUGCACCAAAUUCAUGUGGGACCACAUCGUAUGCAGGUUCGGGGUUCCCCACUUAAUAGUAUCCGACAACGGAAAGCAGUUCGACAACGCCUCAACACGCAGAUUCUGUGAUAGCUUAGGCAUCCGGAAAGACUUCUCGGCACCGAUCCAUCCACAAUCAAAUGGACAAGUUAAGGCGGUCAAUAAAAUAUUAAAGUAUACCCUCAAAAAGAGACUUGACGAUCUGAAAGGGAAAUGGGCUGAGGAACUUCCCAAGGUCUUAUGGGCAUACAGAACGACGAGCCGAACUACUACAGGUGAAACACCCUUCUUCAUGGCGUAUGGCGUCGAGGCAGUGCUCCCCGUAAAAAUCGAAACGCCGACUCUAAGAACUGUCAUCCAUAACGACGAUGACAACGCGAAAGGCAUGAACGGAGAACUCGACUUGUUAGAAGAAAAAAGGCUCGACUCCCAACUACGUCUCGCCGUCUAUCAGUAA